CUUCUCCCUGCGAAGAGAUAUUUUGAAUACGGUGAAGUCUCAUAAAUUCUUUCGAUACGUUCAUGGGAGAUAUUUGCAAGAGCCAUUUCUGACCAUGUGCGACCCUUCGGUUCAAUCAAAAGUCCAAAACCCUUCUGCCUGCUUACAGAUCGGAGUGCCGAGCGUGGGUCUCGUUCUCGUCUCGCCUGCGCCACGCUUUCGACUGACAUUCUGGGGAAAGGACAACGGACGACGCCUCAAACUCUCUAUCUAUCAUUUACUAAUUAUCGCUCUCUCUCUUUCCCUCUCUCCUUUUCUUCCCCGUGGACCUCCCACCCCUCCCGGUCCCUGAAUCCCUUCUUUCCCUUUCUUAAUCCUUUUUUGCCUAAAUUCCUCUCUUUUAGUCGUUCCUGCCUUCUCUCGGAUCUGGGAGCAUGUUUGCGACUA